AUGUUGUAAAAUUGGGAAUUGUUAAGAAGCUACAUGCUUCUUGGAAUAGAUAAUUUAGAAUCUGAAUAGAAAUUCUUAAAUUAUUGUAAGCAGAUAUAUAUUUAAUAUAGAAUAAAUUUAUGUUUUUAGAAGAUUGCUUAGAUUAGGAAAGAGUUUAUAAACAAUUCUUAAUAUCUUACAAAAAUAACAAAUUCAUAAUCCAAAAAAACAUUUUCAUCAAAUUCCUCAUGCAGUCAAUGAAAUGUCUACAUAUUCUGUCUAUAUAUUAUAUUUCUUUUUCCAUCUAAUAGAAAAUAUUAUGGUCAUACAUUAAAUGGGAUUUUUUGAGAAAACAUUUAAUCAUUAAUUAUUGAAAAUCACAUCUCAUUCUUUUUGGACUCUUGGCUUAUUAACAUAAUUAGUUUUUUAUUUAAAUAGAUUAAGAUCUAAUUUUAGAAGGUAUUAAUAUUAUUACUAAAGAGAGAGUCUGAGAUGAAGUAAUAAAUUUCAAAUGGCAUAUCUAAUUAAGAAUUUAUAUCUUAAAUUAGAGCCUUAACAAAUGAAAGAUAUUAAUUUGGAUUAUUGAUUUUAAGAAUUAUAGGAGAUCUUACUUGUGCUAUGUAAAAAGCAUAAAUACCAGAAAAAUUAGUAUCAUAAUUUAAUAUAAAAUAGUUAAAUACAAGAUUUAAUAGAGGAUUAGUUGCUUUAGGAGGAUUAAUGAGUUCAGCCAUUUAAAUAUAUUUACAAGCUACAAGAGAAGAUAAAAAAUAAAAUGUAUGUGAGGUUUGA